CCUGUUCUUGGUGAUGAUAUAAUUACAGCUGUGCUCAGUAAUAGGUGUCAAGGCGAUGCACACUCAUACAAUAGUUGAAUAAAACUGCAGAACAAUGCAGGCACUUCUAAAUUCACAACCUUUAAAAUGAAAUUGACUGUGCAGAAUUCAAAUAAAAACGGGAUAAAUAUUUUUUAAAAAAGAUUACAAGCUUGGUUUGGUUCCUUAAUAGCAUUUUCUGCAAACCUAUCAACAUCUAAUUGAUUAGAUGGGAAUUACUGAUUAUAGAUAAUCCGAAAUACCGAACAUCGCUCUUUUAAAUACAGCAAUAGGUAAAUACGUCAGGGGGGCAGAGGGGGCUGCCCCGGUGCUUUGGCAGCGACCGGAUAUCGAGUCCCUACCAGUGGAGAGGGCUUUUAGGCAGGUUUUAUCCCGGAGGAAAAAUAACAUGAAAUAUGGAGUGGGCAGUCGUAAUUCUCUGUUCGGAACGCUUACGGUAGCGCGGGGAGAUGCAGCAUCCCUGUGUUAGUGGUGUCAUCAGGGCCACAGCACUGCGGUACCCAGGAUUGUUUUAGGAAGGGGGUCAGCUGCUCAGCCUCUGCUCUGCUAGAGCUCCUCCCGGUCGCGCUCCAGAGGUGCCGUGUCGCCGUCUCACCUCUGCAUUCUCCUUCCCGCAGACGGCUGCCCGCAGCAGGAGGGAGGAGGGGAGAACACCAACUCCAUCAGCUCCAAUGGGGAAGAUUCCGACGAGGCCCAGAUGAGACUUCAGCUGAAAAGGAAGCUGCAGAGAAAUAGGACAUCCUUUACCCAAGAGCAAAUCGAAGCCCUUGAGAAAGAGUUUGAGAGAACCCACUAUCCCGAUGUGUUUGCGAGAGAGCGACUAGCUGCUAAAAUAGAUUUGCCUGAAGCAAGGAUACAGGUGUGGUUUUCUAACAGAAGGGCCAAGUGGAGAAGGGAGGAGAAGCUGCGGAACCAGCGGAGACAAGCCAGCAACACUCCCAGCCACAUCCCCAUCAGCAGUAGUUUCAGCACAAGCGUUUACCAGCCGAUCCCACAGCCGACCACCCCCGUUUCCUCUUUCACAUCAGGUUCCAUGUUGGGCAGGACAGAUACGGCGCUCACGAACACGUACAGCGCAUUGCCACCCAUGCCCAGCUUCACCAUGGCCAACAACCUGCCUAUGCAACCCCCGGUACCCAGCCAGACCUCCUCCUACUCUUGCAUGCUGCCCACCAGCCCGUCGGUGAACGGCCGGAGCUAUGACACCUACACCCCUCCGCACAUGCAGACACACAUGAAUAGCCAGCCCAUGGGCACCUCUGGCACCACUUCCACAGGUCUCAUUUCCCCUGGAGUGUCAGUUCCAGUUCAAGUUCCUGGCAGUGAACCUGAUAUGUCUCAGUACUGGCCAAGAUUACAGUAAAACAUGUGUUAAUUCCGUAAAUGACUAUAUGGACAACAGUUGGAUGUUCAGCAGUAUUUUCUAAAGGAAGAAUGGCUCUCAGAGUACUUCUGUACUGCAACUGUGCCCUACGCUGUAACACAUGGAAAAGACUCUAACAUGGACCUUUGUACACUGAAGGCAUUAUAUCGGUUGGAACAAAUCUUCAUUUUGGUAUCCAAACUUUUAUUCAUUUUGGUGUAUUAUUUGUAAAUGGGCAUUUGUAUGUUAUAAUGAAAAAAAAAAAGAACAAUGUAGACUGGAUGGAUGUUUGAUCUGUGUUGGUCAUGAAGUUGUUUUAAGAAAAAAAAAAGAAAAAAAAAAAAAAGAAGCCAUGAUCAACAAGCUUUGCCACGAAUUUAAGAGUUUUAUCAAGAUAUAUCGAAUACUUCUACCAAUCUGUUCAUAGAUUAUGGAUUGACGUUCCAAGUUUGUAUCAUUCCAUUGCAUAUAAUUAAACCUGGAACAAUACGCACUAGAUUUAUGUAAGAAAAAUAUCUGUUGGUAUUUCCAAAGGUUGUUAACAGAUGAAGCUAUGUGCAAACAAGGGUUAAGAGAGAACUUCGACAGAGAAAAGAGUUUGAUAGAUAAAAGGUAGAUUGUGUCUUCGAUAUAAUCCAAUUUGUUUUAUGUCAAAAUGUAAGUAUUUGUCUUCCCUAGAAAUCUCCCAGAAUGAUUUCUAUAAUAAAGUUAAUUUCAUUUAUAUUUGACAAGAAUAUUCUAUAGAUGUUUUAUACACAUUUUCAUGCAUCAUACGUUUCUUUUUGGUCGGCAAAAGUUAAUUGUUCUUAGAUAUAGUUGUACUACUGUUCACAGUCCAAUCAUUUUUGUGCAUCUAGAAUUCAUUCCUAAUCAAUUAAAAGUGCUUGCAAGAGUUUUAAACUUAAGUGUUUUGAAGUUGUUCACAACUACAUAUCAGAAUUAACCAUUGUUGAUUGUAAAAACCAUGCCAAAGCCUUUGUAUUUCCUUUAUUAUACUAUUUUCUUUUUAACCUUAUAGUGUGGUGUUGC